AUGAUCUCCAACAAGAAGAAAGCCACCAAGGAAGACAAGUGCAAGAUAUUGGACAGCGCGAGUCAGACAGUCACACCGUGCGAGUCUGCCAACGCCAUCAUGAGCUUCACUUCGAUUAUGGAGACUACUAACAAGUUUAACGUCGACGAGCUCGCAUUUCAGAAGGAGUCCAACGCAAUCGCCAUGCGCACGCUUGAACUCGACGAGAAGUGCUACCUCCUUGACAAGGCCGAGGGAGAAGCAAGUUUUGCUCUUCGCUAA